GCCGUUUUUUCUACUUUCUGCAGAUCUACGUGGACACUCACGCAAUUUGGCUCUACUGGUUCUACACAAGCCGGAUCUGAUUUACUGAUUUUUUCACUUUCGAAUUUAUUAUACACAAAUAGUCUUUUCGUACGUGGACGUGCUGCAUAAUACAUACCCACAAUCUAGCCGCGCACCUCUACUGGCGAAAAUUUUGAAAUUGUCUGCCCCUCGUCGUCGAAUUUUGAAAGCGGAAUAAAUGUCUGGGUUCCACCACCAAGAUCCUCCUGGCGCGCUCCUGAACCCGCAGACUUCGUUGAAGCGGCAGAACCCACACCAAAGCGCGCCCAUCGGUCCGGGCAUCGACGAAGUGGAAGCCAUCAUGGUUCAGACCGACCUCCCCACCCUGAUCUACCUGAAGCGCAACCUCAGCAGUGAGUACAUCGUCGACGGCUCACGGAAAGAUUAUUUGCUGGUAACGCCUGGAUGUGAGGGUGUGUUGCAAAAACUCGUCGACGAAUGGAUCCGCAAUUGCCGGAAGCGCCCGGGGGAGAUGACUACUUAGCCUGAGUAAAGUACGACAAACCAUUAAGCAGGAGGUGCAUAUAGAACUUCACCUCUUACCGCCCCCGGGUUCCUCGCUCUACAUCCAGUGCGGAAAUAUAACGACCGCAGCGUGAGGUUGAAUCGUAAUCGAGCAACGCAACUAACGCGUAAAACUGCGAGGAGAAGAUGUUCUUUGUGCCGGAUGAGUUUGAGCUCUUUUCGGAGUGUGAAACUCCGCCAGUUCUUUCCAGCGACGAGGAGGAGGAGGAAGAGGACGACAAUAUCGUGGAGACAGAAGAACCGCGACUUGAAAAUGUUGAGCCUCUGGUGGAGAGUGCCACCGCAUCAAUAGCGGCAACCACCGCCGCCUCCGACGCCGUUGACAAUACCACGACACUAGCGACGUCCAGGACGACUGGCGCCUCCUCCGCGUCCUCGGCUUCUUCGUCGGCAGGGACCGCGCAACCGCCCACCAGCAAGUACAGCAGAAGGAAAAUCCUCGAAGACGAGAGAGCGCGCGCCACACGGCUUUUAGCAGUGGGCAUGCAGGAGCUGAGGCCUACGAAAAAGGAGGAGGUCAAUUUUACCUGCAGCCGGUGCUGCUACAGAUUUGGCGUAGAACUGGAGCCAGAUGUUGAAGGAAGCGGAAGUUGUUCAGGGAGCAAGGGGGGGAAAAGUGAUAAAGUUGUAGGCGACGCAGAUGAUGUUGAUCUAUCACCAAGGGCGGCGAGGAAGAAGCAAAUCGCGGAGCAAGUAAGGCGACAACGGAUUCUCCUGGCGACAGACAGCGACGACGAAGAUUUUUUCUUUAGCGUGGGCGACGACGAGGACGAUGAAAGUCUACUUUCUGAGGUGCUCAAGGUCCGGAGAGUGCGCUCAUUUGAUUUGUCUUCUGAGAUAAGCGCGCCUCGUUCUGGUGAUGAGACUGACCAGGUUUCAGCAGGUGUUGUGCCGUCAUCUGCUGGAAACCUCGAUAUAACAGAUCGUCGGCGCGCUUGGAGCAACCACGGGUACGUGGCGCGGAACAUGUAUUUUGGUGACCCGGUAGUGCAGGAACCAAGACGAGGAUCUUUCGUAGGUGGUGGUGAGGCAGAUUCCGAUAUAUCCGACACAAAAGCUGCAGACGCACAUACAAAUAGGCCAACACCCUCGUGCCUUCACGGGCCUUUCUGUUUUGCCUGCGCUUUCGCAAUGGCGCGGCUCACGCUGCCCUUUUGCUCGCUGUGCAAGGAGAUGCUGCGAGUUGACACGAGUUUCGGGAGGAGCAUAGUGAACGAAGUGAGGCGGCAACGCGACCUUGUCGACGACGCUGCUCUGCGGCAGCGCGAGAAGCUUCGAAGAAAAAUUGUUCGGAAAAGAACUAGUCUCGCAGUUGCGUCAAGAGAAACUGCAACGGCGCAACCUGCUGCGGAAAAAGCUCUAAGUAGGAGAGCUUUGCCGCUGCUGCAGGCUUCUCCAAUGGCCGUCGCGACGCUUCUUGCUGCUACCGCCAGUUUCGCGAAGAGUGCUGCUGUCUUUUUGCAGCUCGACCGGUUGCUCUGCGGUUUGAUCCAGCUGUUCACGGAUACCGACCCGACUUGUCACGCCGACGUGAAACUGCUUCUGUGGCGGGACUUGUUCGUGCGAUUGCUGCUGAAGCGAGUGUUGGGGUUACGCGUGAAGCCGGUCCAAGUGAAUUUCGCGAGCGCGCGCGAGGCAAGACGGCAGGUGCUUACUGGGGACGCGAACAGUAUGAACGUUUCGCACGACGAACAAGAGGGCCAAGCAAGCGACUCCGCUAAAACACUGCAAGCGACGACAUCGGCAAACACAGCUGUUGCUGCCGUUGCGAAUGUCCAGUGCGAGCUCGCCCGCGCCGCGCGACAGGAGAGGAUUCAGCGGACCACGGUGGCGAAGCUGACCAGAAUUUUGAGCGAGAGUUGUACAACUACAGGUGGGAACAUCAAUAGCGGCCUGUCUCCCGCCUCGACGAAUCAGAGCAAUCAGCAGUCUGGUCCAGCACACCUUUGUGCCAGAAUCAGCCAAAUGCUCGCAAACCGGCCAGGAGCACUGGACAACUUGGCGACCAACCUGUACCUCUUUGGUGCAGAUGAUGAAGGCACAGCAACGUCAUCGAGGGGUCCUGCUCCGACAAGUAGGAAACGGUCGUCCGCACCAGGCGACCGGGACAAGAUUCAUCGGAAGAACAAAAUUUUUCUCUCUCGCAUGGCCCUCCACGGCGUGCUGUCGGUCUUUCUCUGUUACGGAAUCAACAACCACUGCCCAGAGUCAGUGGUCGACUUUUUUGUAAAGGAUGUGACCACAAGGAACAGGGGCGCAGCAAGCACGACCCUGGCUACAAAAACAGCGACGAUGCCCACACCAGUGGAAGAUCCUUCGUCAGGCCCACCAGACGGGAGCCAAUUCCCGCGACCUGCAACAUCAGCUUCCACCACGUUACAUGACGAAUUCGUAAUAGAAACGACGAACAACCUGAGCCUACUAUCCCGCUUGACUGAGCAUUACUUGCCAGCAAAACCGCUGCAGGCAAUUAUCAAUGGAGGUGGCACGACGACGAAAAAGCCGCCUGCACCUUCUGCCCCGCAGAACAGACGGAAAAAGAACCGACGUGCCGAGGACGUUUUGUUUGCGCAAUUUGUACUCUACGUGCUCCGGCCUUUGCUUUUUCUAGUAUGCGCUUUCUCCCUGUACCUUCUGGUGAGCUGGUUUGUGACGGCAGUUCUGAUCGAUAUCCUUUACAUCGGAAUCCUGCAGUACUGCUUUUACGUUUACUUGUCAACCGACGGAGGGGGCACUUCGUCGCGUGGGAAAAAGAGCAGUGCAAAUGGCACAAAAUCCAAAGUCUCUCAAACUUCCAACAAGUGGACGCUGGCCCUUGUCCUAGCGGCGCCGCUAGUGCCAUUUUGCUUGCUAGCGGGUAGGGAAUUGAUGUUUAGAUGGCCAGAAUAGUAGUACUCUUUAAUAAGCAACUACGCGAGCGCGACAUCCACAGAUUUAAAUUACUUACUGCGGUACAGUCAGAAACAGCUGUUUUGCCUGCGGCGCCAUGGAAGUACACGAACAUGGAGUUCUAAUUCUUGACGCAAACGCCACCCCCCACGCGGAUCAUAUGCACAUGAGUUUCGUUACUUACGAGAAUUCACAAAACUGCGCUGC